AUGGUCAGUUCUGCAGUGGCCCAGGAGGCUGUUAACCAAGUCUUAUCAAGAAUCAAGGAGGAUUAUCAGGACAAGUCAGAUGCAAAGGAGAACAUUGAGAGGAUGGAGAUGGCACACAUCAAGAUGGAGGCCGCCCUUGAGACCUCCAACAAGUGGAACGUCACCAGUGCACCACUGCUGUGUUGGCGGAGCAAGCUCAAGCGCGCCUCACAGGAGUGCGACAACACUCUGCGCAGGUGUAGUGUAGGCAGCGCUUGCAAGAAGAGGAAGAAGUACAGCAAGCGUCUCGGUAACGAUGAUGAGCUGAGAGGAUCCACUGCCACCCGGAGAUUCGAACGGUUUGCAGAAGGUGCGAACGAAUUCUUGAGGUACGUGGAGCUUGGUGGUACACCAUGCAGAUACUUGUUUUUUGACCCUCUUAUACGCCAUCUUCUCGCUGGCAAAGGCACAAAGUAUUGCCUUGUUAGCAGGGGUCAACAUCUCUCAUUUCUUCUACAGCCCUUUAGUCCACCAGAGCAUGGGAUGGAGGUUAGCCUAAUAUUCUUACUUGAGGAUGCCAAUGCUCCAGAGAAUAAUUUCCUUCUAGCCCUCAACUUACAGCUCUCCAAGAGUACAAACAUAGUUGGGGUUGUAGUCAGAUGCCUGCACCUGUUCACACCUCACUUAAGGUCAACAGUUGAGACUGUGAAGACAAAGCUCACCCAGGGCGACAUUAUGAUACCAAAGGCAGUAGAUUGUCUCCGUGGGAGUUUGGCAGCUACCUCAUAUCAGAUGCUGUGGAAGUCAAAGCAUGGCAGCGCAUACCUUCAGGUCGAGAAGAUCUCAUGGGGACUAACCAUUAGGAAAGGUAUGGGUGGAAAACGUCCUAAACGACAGCAGGGCAAGAAGAUCUUUAGCAAAGAUGAUCAAAUUGUUCAGCAGGUUCAAUGCCUAAAGGAUUUGAUGUUACUAAGUGUGUGUCAUCCAGGCAUUAAGUUGUAG